AUCAAGACGGCGUGGACGCGCAUGCAGCACAAGGGCCUCACCGACGACGUGCGCGUCUACAACGAGCUCUUCAAGUGGUUCGCCCUGAUGGGGAACGUGAAGGACGUGAUCGCGCUCAAGGAGGAGAUGGACGCGGCGGGUGUGCACCCCGACUCGCAGACGUACGCGUGGGCGCUGCGGGCGCUCGGCAGGUACUACCCGCGCCACGUGGAGCGGCUCUACGAGGAGAUGCUGCAGCGCCACGUGCGGCCCGACGUGCAGCUGUACAACACACUCAUCGGCAUCUUCGGCGACCUCGGCGACACCGCACGGGUGGAGGCCAUCAUGGAGGAGAUGAAGCGGCGCGAGGAGUUCGGCACGCUGCAGAUGACGCCCGUCACAUUCGCCAUCCUCAUCCGCAUCUACAGCAGCGACCUCGCCAAGGCGGAGGCGAUGUACGCGGAGGCGAAGAAGCGCGGCCUCACCGACCACCCGCAUGUGCAGACAAGCAUGCUGCACGUGUACGCCAACCACGCGGAGGGGGCGGAGCAGCUCGCCAAGUUCCUCGAGGGGAUCCCGGCGUGGCCCACGGAUGUUUACAACGUACUGCUGAACAAGUACGGCAGGGCCGGCGACCGCGACAAGGUGAGCGAGCUCAUCCGCAAGAUGAAGGCGGAGGAGGUGGCGAUGAACGACGUGACAUUCGGCACCCUUAUCACCGCCUACGCCCGCUGGGGCGACGGGGAGAAGGUGCGCGACGUGAUCCAGCUGCUGAAGGAGCACGAGGGCGAGGUGUCGGCGGCGUUUUACUCCGUGCUGGCCUCCUCUCUCAGCAGAAUGGGCGAUGCGGACGGCGUAAGCAACGCCUGGGACGACCUCCUCGCGUCGAAGCUGUUCCCCGACACGGAGGUGUACAACCAGUUCCUGCUGCUCUACAGCCGGCAGCACAACACGGGGAAGAUGCAGGCGGUGCUGAACAACAUGAUGAAGCACGUGCCGCCGAACCCCGUCACCGCCACGACGGUGCUCGACAUGCUGGGCAAGUCCGGGCGCGUGGCGGAGAUGGAGUCGCUCUUCGAGGACAUGAAGUCGUCGCCCGACACGCUGCCCACGUCCGUGACGUACCACCAGAUGAUGAACACAUACGCCAAGACAGGCGACGUGGCAAAGAUGGAGAAGCUCCACGCGGAGUUCCUCGAGAAGGGCUACACCAACAACGCCGUCACGUACAACAUUUUAGCAGACGGCUACGGCCGCGCGCGCCGCUUCGACCAGAUGGAGGCGACGCUGCAGCAGCGCAGGGCGGCGGGGGUGCCGAUGGACGACCUCAUCUACUGCAUCACAGCCACCGCGUACGGGCGGGCACGGCUCCAGAAGGAGGUGCAGCGCGUCUACGCGGAGGCCUGCGACCCCGCGGCGGCGCACCUGCUCACGCGCAAGGUCAUCUGGGCCUGCAUCGACGCCUUCUGCCGCUGCGCCGCCG